AUGCCAGGCAUCAUUCUAUCCCCCAGCGCCAGCAGCGAGGGCGCAACCGCAGGCAUGAAGAGGGCGCGCGUUGCGGAGGACGCGCCGGCAUACGGCGAACCACACCCCAAGAGACGACAGGUCGUUCGUGCACUGCAACAUACGCAGCCGAUCGAGCACAUUGCCGACCCCAUCAGCGCAGAAUUGGACCCCUACGGCGAGAGUAAAGACUUCUUCGACCAGCAAUUGCGGCGCGCAAUAGCGAUACAGUGCAAGGCUAUCGGGUUCGAGAGCGCGCGCCCGGACGCGUUGGAGGACUUCCGGGCACUGGUGGAAUCUUACAUGAAGAACUUCCUAGCACAAGUGCGGACAUCCAUGACCAGUUCGCGGCGCACCGAAACGGUAGCACACGACUGGGUCUAUGCUCUCACAUCCUCGGGCCUGCGUGGCUCUGCCCCCCUCGAACAGCAUUUUGACAUGGGCGAUAUUCCGCCAUCAUUACUACAACCACAUUUUGCACCUCCAGCGCCCCCAGAGGCUCCUCCGCCCGAUACCGAGUCCUUGUUGGGCCCCGAGCUGUCAGGAAAGGCAGACAAAGAGACGCGUCCGUAUAUACCCAAGCACUUUCCUGGAUUCCCUUCCAAGCACACAUACACAGCCACGCCCGUCUUCACCAGCCGUGAGAAUGACCCGCGGAAAAUUCGAGAAAAGGCCACAGAAGAGGGCAUCUUGGCCGAGCAGAGUCUUAGAAAACUAAUGGCUGCACAAAAGGCAGGCGUUCAGAAACAAAACGUCGGAAAACGGAAACGGAGUCGGCGCAUGAAGGAGAGCGACAAGCUGUGGCAGUCGGCCAUGGCCGAUCUGGUGGAAGAAGAAACCCAAAGAGAGCGGGACGAAGAGCGGCGACAAGCCAGAUUGGAUGAAGACGAGGACGGCGAUUGGGCCAUGUCACGCGAUGUGCCAGCGCGGCAGCCCACGACCGAUCGGAGCGUUAAUCUCGAGGAGGGUGUACAUGUCAACUACGAGCAGAAGUAUUGGAGAAAGUCUGCCAGCGGUGUCUAA